CCCACAGCAGUAGAGGGCGCUGUGAGCUUCCCCACCGCAGCAGCUGUAGAAACUCAAACAACACACACAGACAGACAUAAGCGACGGGACAGCAAACACAACACAUUUCUCCUUUGAUACUGCUGCACAAAACAGUUACGCUGGAAUUUUCGGAGACCGACUCGGACAUGUCAUAUGUCUUCAUCAAUGACUCGUCGCAGACCAGUGUACCGUUACUGCAGGCUUGUAUUGAUGGGGACUUGAGUUUCGCUAGGCGUCUGCUGGAGACCGGCUGCGACCCCAACAUCCGUGAUCACAGGGGCCGCACGGGUCUGCAUCUGGCAGCGGCACGAGGUAAUGUGGACAUCUGCCGCUUCCUACACAAGUUCGGCGCAGACCUGCUGGCCACCGACUAUCAGGGCAACACUGCACUGCACCUGUGUGGACAUGUGGAUACGAUUCAGUUCCUGGUGUCCAAUGGUCUCAAAAUUGAUAUUUGUAACCACAAUGGGUCGACCCCACUGGUCCUGGCUAAGAGGAGAGGUGUAAAUAAAGAUGCCAUUCGGCUCCUGGAAGGGCUGGAAGAGCAAGAGGUCAAGGGCUUCAACAGAGGAGCCCACUCCAAACUAGAAGCCAUGCAGAUGGCUGAGAGCGAGAGUGCGAUGGAGAGCCAUUCGCUGCUCAAUCCAAACCUGCAGAACAGCGAGGGUGUUCUGUCCAGCUUUCGCUCCACCUGGCAGGAGUUUGUGGAGGACUUGGGCUUCUGGAGGGUCCUGCUGCUGCUGGUGGUCAUCGCCCUUCUUUCUCUGGGCAUUGCUUACUAUGUUAGUGGCGUACUGCCAUUUUCUGCAAGUCAGCUGGAGUUGGUCCACUGAGGGCCAGAUUGUGUUAUAUCCCGGGACCUGACCAGUCAAGCUUUGAAGUAAAGGGAGGUUUGAGUGGACUCUGAAGGUACACUGAAGGUUCCUCAUAGUACAAGAUUAGGUCUAAUGUGAAGUUUAGAAACGAUCUUGUCAUUCUCACAGGUGAGGGCGAGUGGAGGCGUUCACUUGAUGAUGGCUGCACUAUGAAGGAAGACUGAAAGGUAAAGGUUCAGGUAUUUAUGGGGGAAAAUGUUCGAAGUUUCUUAAAUACACCCCAAGAGAUGUAAACCCAUUUCUCACAGAUUUUCCCAUGAUCACUGAACACGGCCAGUUGGUUGAACAGUAGACGUAUACACUUGUAAUAUCUCAAUGGUGAUGUAAACAACAUUAGAUUGCUGUUGUAGGUUAGAUCAGGCAUGAUGUUUACAUCCUAGUAUUUGCUUAUUUUCCUUUUCCAUCACCUUAAUUUUUGUCUAUAUAUGAAGUCUUUGUUGUGGAAGUAUGACAAUAGACCAAACACUACAUACAUAUGCCUAUUUACAUAUCUGUGAUUAAUUUGUUUGAUUUACAUUGUUACAUACAGUAGAAUAUUGUUUUAAACUAAUGGUCUGUAAAAUGUUACAUAAACUAAUAAAUGCACAUCAAGAA